CUCAGUGGCUAAGAAUACUUGUUCCUUCUGAUCGUCUUUGCGGUCAAUAUUUUCGUCGCGCCGUCAGCAGCCCUAGUGACAAAUGAUUCGAGACCAUGCCUGAUUUUUGCGCCCAUGCAUGCGAACGCCACCAGCAACAAAGUGGUCACGCGCUCAUAUCCCGACAAUGCGGUUCCCCCGGACACUCGGAAGAUGAGCAGCCAAUCGACUGAGUAUUCCGGAUUGACUGAUCACCAUGCAUGUCGCGCUAAUAUGCCACUGUCACCUGGCAGACGAGGUCGGUGUGUGCGGAAUCUCUGUCUAUACCAAGACAACCUGGCACAACAAUGUCGCGGUGCAGAAUGCAGAUGGUACGAGAAAACGCAACUACAAAAGACCGGCACAUUAUGCAGAUGGCUGGUACGGUACCAUCUGGUGUGCUAAGAUGACCAGGGUCAAAGUGCCUCGACUUGACUUGAAGCACAGCACGUUAGGGUGGAAACGCAGCGUUCAUCGCGUCUGGCAGCUGUUCACAGCCAAGCCCAGCGAACACACACACACAACAAGUAUGUCAUUGUGGUGGCCACGUUCAUCCCAGCUUGACGAGGCACCUGCGGCCAAUUUCUCAUUUUGCUCCGACACCGGAGAAAAGUCCCCGCAGCCGACACCAGGAUCCGAGCCGACUACCGUCCCGGCUCAACGACCUGCGGAAUUAUGA